CCAUCUAGAGACAGAAUGGUUAAUAGUUUGAACCAGAAUGGGGACCGAGUGUUUUUCAAUGCCCCUCCUUCCAAAUACAUAAUUGGUGCCAAUGGCCAACCAAAAAAUAGAAGAUCCAAGAUUAUCCAUUUCCAUUGUUUUGCCUGCUAUCUAACCAUGACUAACAUCGGUAGAACCAUCAUGUGCUCGCUACUUCCACUGUUGUUUGUAACCACAGGGCUUAUGAAGUUAUAUCCUUUUUUUCCCACAGUAUACAAGGAAAUGGUUAGCAAGUUUAAGAUUUAUAAUGGAGUGUUUCCCACUGCAUGGAUGGGUUACCCUCCAGAUGGAGAUUUGUACCGAAUAAUCGUAGGAUCCAUGGAAGUAUCAAGUGCUUUGGGAGUUCUUGUGGGUCCCACAGGACUGAAAAAGGUGGGAUGUUGCAUCCUGAUUACAAUUAUGAUAGGAGCAAUACUCACACAUUUGGUCUUACUGGAGUUUCUUCCCAGCCUUGUUCCGGCGGUGUAUUUGAUGUGGACUAUGUAUGUGUUAUGGGCAACCAUGCAGAAAGAAGCCAAAUCAGUUAAGGUUAAUUAGGGAUGAAACAUCAGCAUUCACUUCUGAGGCCUUGGACAAUAAUACAUGUGUUUUGUUGAAGACAAAUGAAAAAAAAAAAAAUAUAGGGAAAGCCAGUUGAGGUUUUUUUUGUCAAGGAAUAUCGACUUCAAAAGUCGUUGUUUAAAAGUUGUCAAACUAUAAAAUAGUAAUCAGUUGUUGAAUGAGACAAGGGACAACAGACAUUUCAGGUUUUAUAGUGCCGAUGCAGUAAUGUAUAUUGUAGAAACAGUAAUAUGCAGUGAUUUUCUCCAGACUUCAAGUGAACAUCUAUUUUUAUUUUUAAUACUGUCACUUAUCUAAAUUUUCCUUCAUGUUUCAUCAUAUCACUUACAUUAAAUUUCAGAGUAGUAUUCUGGAACUGGAAAGUUGAUAAGUUAAUCUUUUCAGUAAAACUUCAACUCGCAACAAAAUUUUUUAUGCUAUCAAAAAUUUUGACAGGACAUUUUAUGGCAUGGUGUUAUUCCUCCGUAUGCCUAUGACAGGAAUUUGAAGUUGUAUUUCCCAGAAAAGCAGCUUGAUUUGACUGUAUUUGAAAGAGUUAUUGCCCCAUGUUUUGAUCAUAAUGUUACUAUUGUCAGGAGAUCUCCUCUCUCAAUAUUCAGCCAAUUUCUUGAGGACAUCUUUUACUCAUUAUUACUUUUUCAAUAUAUAUAUUCUUUUCAAUACAAUGAAUCCUGAAAUCUCUUUGACCUGGGACGGGUGUAUAUUGUUCCACUCCACAGUGCUGUUGUUGUGAAACUAGAUACACAUUAUCAUAACCUAAGCCAGCAUUUACAAUGCGACAAUUUGGUUUUAUAUGUUUUAAGGUUGGAAUGGAGCACAAGAGGAGUCCUGGUAAAGAUUUGAUAUAAGAACACAUAGUUCUGCGAAUAGAAUUGAUUUUUUUUCUCUGCAGUGUUUUUCAUAUAUUUUUUUCUGGGAUCAUUUCCUGUAUUCAGGCACAAUGUAAUUGUGCUUAAAAACUCAUAUGUUUUGUCUAAAUUUCAAUCAGUAUUCAGGUACUAUGUAUUUGUGCUGGUUUUGCUAUAUAAAUUCCUGUUGAGGACAAAAGCUACACUUGUAAUUCACAUUUCAUUAAUGAAAUAACUUUGUAAAUAAUGGAUAGAUUACAUUCUUGCAUAAAAUGCAUUGUGGUUCUUGCCAAAGUCUACAUUAUAUAAUUGAUUUACUCGUAGAUUUUCCAGUUAUAUGCUGCAUUACAAUCAAAAUCCAUCUUUUAUUGUGAUAUUGUUUAAAGGUCUUUCUGUAAGAAAGAAUCUUUAAAAGGAUUGAAAUUAAUAUUUAAGACAAUGUAGGUAUCAAAAAGAAAAAAGAGAAAAAAGAAAAAAAAAAAAACAAAAAAAAUAAUACUGUUUAUGUUAUUUCAUUUUCUUUUUCAAGCAAGUAAUGCAUUUCAAGAGGUGAAAUGCCUUUGGCUGUAAUUGAGUUUACUGUUUUGGAAAAUGAAUGAAAUUACUUUAAUCUAACUUGAGGAUUACUUCAUUCCAGGGCUCUCACACCCCAUUUUGGGACUUGGGCCCGGGGCCCUUAGAAUUGGGAAAAAUAGUGGCGUUUUCCUUAGAAUUGGGAAAACUUGGUGUCUAAAUUGGGAAAA